AUGCCAAGUCUGAUCCCACGAUGGAAGAAGAAGAAGCCGCCAUCUUUCCAAGCAUUGUCCCCGUCAGAUAGAGACUACUUCGUCGACGUGCUCAGGGCCACUGCGCCUCCUCAGCCAGAAACGAACCUUGAGUCUCAGACUAGAGAGUUGCGCCAUGACGAACAGCUAGAUGACGAUACACUUCAGUCAACAAGCUCUUCGCAGACUCCUGCUGCUCCGACAUCUACACACGCGUCUAUCCGAAAAGAUCUGCCUCGGCAACACUUCCGGUCUAUACCUCCACCGGCUGUUCAAGACCAAUCACUGGUUCUUUCCAAGCCAAGUUUCAAUCAUUUUCUAGUCACAACCACGGAGAUUUUGAAAUCCUGGGAACAAGGCGAUGCAACCGACCCGACAUCUAUCUCAAAUCACAACCGGCAGACCCAAUGCAGAACAUUUUCGCUCGAACUAAGCUCUUACAUGAGAGAAUACGCAAAUAAGACCCGAGCCGUAUCCUCACGAGGCCAUAUCCAUCGCAUCUUGGAGCAAUGCGUCCUUGUGAGACGGAAACUCCGAGAAAUUGAGAUAUUGAUGAAAGGAUUGAAGAUUGACGACUCUCUCGAUGAAAAUGCCAGGCAGUUGAUUGGUGAUACGUGGAGAGUGAUGGUUAGUCUUGGGCAAGAUUGUUGGGUCGAUGCGGAUUAUGCUUUGAAGAAUUAG